AUGUCUUCUGCAAUUGACGACACUACCCUUAGUCCUACAGCCAUCCAGCCCCGCCGGGACUCGCUGGAGAAACACCUGCAGACUCGUCCGGAACUGCAGGACCUAAAGGACAGGCACAUUUUGUUAGAUACAUCUGCUGCUCCGGGCCUCCAAGCUGCCCAAGCCGAGCUUGCACGCCACCGGGCAUCUGACAAUCUGAAAAAGCACCUAGAGAAACGCCCUGAACGCGACGAACUUAUCGAGAAAAACAUCCUUCUCACUGGCCGCACCGACAUGGCCCCGUCUUUGCAAGCAAACGCGCGCGAGCUGGAGAAGAACAUGCUCGUCGACAACCUCGAACACAAAAUCAAAGACCGUCCUGAGCCGGAGAACUUGAUUGAGCGGGGGAUUUUGGAUGAGCGCGAGAAUCCGCGAAGACCGUCUGAGUAG